AUGUAUAAAUUAAUUAUAAUUUUUAUAUAUAUCCUUCGUGUUUUUGUAUAUUCAUCUAAAUCUCAACAUCCAGGUCAUCUAAAACCAUUUGGUUCUUCUGGUCCAUUUAAAAAACUAGAUGAAUUAACAGAUGGUUUUCCUGAUCCAAUAAUAUUUUUUAAUAAAUAUGUUUCAAAAUCACAUCCUGUUCUUUUUCGUCAAGCUAUUAUUAAUGAUAUUCAUUUAUCACUAUGGGAUAAAGAUGAAAAUAUAAAUAAAAUAUUUUAUAAAAAUAAUGACAUAGUUCAUGUUGAAACACGUAAAAAAGAAAGUCGAAAACAAGAUAUUUUAACAAUGACAAUGACUGAAUUUUUAAAACGAUAUCAACAUGAAGAACUUUAUCUUGUUGAAGAAGUACCAAAUUUAUUAAGACCUUAUUUUACUUUACCUACAUCUCUUCAAUGUGAACCAGCUAUAGAUUCAUUUCAAGUUGCUAUGUUUUGGUAUAGUUCAGGCAAUACUUCAUCUGUUAUACAUACAGAUGAUUAUGAUAAUAUUAAUUGUGUUUUACAAGGCGAUAAACAAUUUAUUCUUGUCGAUCCACAUGUACACAAAGAAGUUGCUUCCGAGAUUAUUGAUGUUUAUUCAGGUUCAUAUUCAUCGAUUGAUGUUGAUAGUGUUGAUUAUAACAAAUAUCCUUCACUUGAUGAUAAUGUCUAUUAUUAUAAAGUUAAUUUAAGUAAAGGUGAUUGUUUAUUUUUACCUGCCUUAUGGGUUCAUCAAGUUCGUUCGACUAAUCGUAAUGUAGCUAUUAAUUAUUGGCUUAAUCAUGACCGAGCUAAAAAUGCUGUUGUUAAUCAAACUACUUGUCUAUUAAAAAAUAAAUCAGAUUUCAUGAGACUUGAUACAAUACAAUGGCCAAAAGAAGAAUCACAUAUUGAAUAUUUAAAAAAAUUUAUGCUUGAUCUUGUUGAUGAAGAAGAAAUAAGUUUUAAGCAAUGGACAAUUGAAUUUUCAAAAGAUUUAGAUUUUGAUCUUCGAUCAGAUGUUGAAACGAUUACACUUUUCGCUGAAUUCUUUAAUAUAGUUGAUGAAAAUGAAAAUGGUUUAAUAACAAUUAAUGAAGUUGAAUCUCUUUUUGAUAACAAUAAUAUAACAACGGCUUAUGAUAUUCUUGAAGAUAUUUUGGAUAUAGUUGACGAUAAAUUAAAGGAAAACAAGAAAUCAAAUAAUACAUCUAUUGAUAAAAAUGAUGAUGACAUGGUUAAUAAUUAUUAUCGUAGUAAUGAAAAUUUUUCUAAUGAGGAAACUGACCAAGAAGAAGAUAAUGAUUAUAUUGAUGAACAUAAUGAUUUAUAG